CAGCGCUUGUGAGUUUUGCGCAUGCGUUAAUGAGUCCACCCAUGUGGAGCUUGGUGUUUAGCUGGAGGAGCCUUUAGUUGUGUCAGUCAAGCGCUAGGGCUGUAGGAUCAUCAUGGCUUCAAUCGUCAGGAGGAUCAUCAGCACUGCCAGAGCUCCUGCCGCUAUCGGACCUUACAGCCAAGCUGUGGUGGUGGAUAAGACCGUGUAUGUGUCUGGGCAGUUGGGCAUGGACCUGUCAAGUGGGCAGCUUGUUGCAGGAGGAGUCAAGAAUGAAGCCAAACAAGCCUUGGUGAAUAUGGGAGAGAUUCUGAAAGCUUCAGGGUGUGAUUACAGCAAUGUCGUGAAAACAACCGUUUUACUGGCUGACAUCAAUGACUUUAAUGAUGUUAAUGAUGUUUACAAGCAAUUUUUCCAAUGUAAUUACCCAGCAAGAGCAGCGUUUCAGGUUGCUGCAUUGCCAAGGGGUGGAAGAGUAGAGAUUGAAGCCAUCGCAGUCCUGGGACCGAUAACAGAAAUUUCCCCGGCAUUAUAAGUGACUCCCGCGGCUUUCAUCUAGUUAUUCCAUAGCAUUUAGUAGAAACCUAUUUUUCCCUCUACAUUUUCUAAUGGUACACUGUACAGGCCUUAAACUACCUGUGAGAUGUUUUCUGAUUCUGUAGGGCACCACUAAGGGCAUUUUGCUACUACUGUAUUUAUAAUAAAAUAAAAUAAAAGAGUAA